CGCAUUCGGUCCUUGGAUUGGACAAUAAUCUGUCUAAUCUGUGAUUCAGUUGUCAGUUGCUGUCAUAACCACGCGGUGUUUGGUUUUGUGUGUUGAUCAGUUGCAGUGAUUUUGAAAUUAAUUUGUUGCCGGUUUUCUCAAUUCGAUGUAAUUUCUAUGAGAUAAAUUGGCUUAGUUUAGACGGUUUUUGUUACUAUCAGUGUUGUGCCGCAUAAUGAACUGGAAUAAUACGAUUGACUGACUUGGUUUAGUUCCGAAUUCUGAGAACUUGGAUUUUAACAUUUUUAGAUUUGAUAAUGACGUGGUUGCUCCUGACGCUAGGCGUCUUGUCCACGGUGGCUGCCACCACGGCCGCUGGGUACUGCUCAGUCAACACACUGCCCACCAACUCCUCGUGGAUGCAGUUCACCAAGGAGCCAGUGCCCCUAGAAUACGGCUUCGAAGACAAAUUCAAGAGCAUCCACUGCUGCGUGAAAGGAUACAGGAGUAUCGAAUGGUUCAAGGAUGGAGUGGCGUACCCAUGGUCAGCAGGGGUGUCCAACCUCAUCUUGUACCCAGAGGCAGCUAACCAAACGCUCUACACUCAGCGGGCAGCUCGAGGGGACUCUGGCAACUACACCUGUCGGAUGAGCAACGAGACUCACAGCGAGACGCACACUGUCAGGCUCGAUAUCUUAGAAAAGCCUACGGGGACGCCUCGGACAAUGUUCAUAUCCAAGGACCAGUGGGUGGAGGAGGGGACCGACUUGCGCCUCUACUGCGAAGCUCUGAUCGGUAGGUCAUACUUGGCCGACGCGCGCAGCGACCUGCGGUGGAUGAAGGUGUGGCCCAACGGCACCGAGGGCGACCUACUGCCCACACAAACAGAGAUCAAGACCACACGGGAUGAUGUAGAAGAUAUCAUCGGCUCCUACCUACGGAUCGAGCGCGUAGCGGCACCGGAUUACGGCAUGUAUGCGUGUGUGGUGCACAGCAACGAUCACGUCGACCGGAAGUACGUCACCGUGCACUACAAAUUCAACGGCCUGUCAGGCAUCACAUCCUGGUCCGGCGACAGCAGCAUACCCUGGCGGCCCCUAGUGCUGGGCAUCGUCGCGGGGGCUUUACUCCUGGUGUCCCUCAUCAUGCUUCACCGACGGUAUACGUUGCGACUUCUGCUGGCAGCGAGGCAAGCUAGGGCUAGGACGGCUACUGCAGCGCACCGAGCUAGAGUGCUGGAGAAAGAGUUCGAUGUCCUGGUGUGCUGGACGGCGGUUGACGCGGAGCUGGUGCGAGGCGCGCUGCUGCCGACGCUUGCAUUGAAGUACCAGUACCGCGUGCACACGCUGCAGCUGGCCACGAGACCCGACCACUGGUACAACGAAGUGAUGAGUCAGAUGGCGCGCUGCCGCUCCGUGCUGGCCGUGCUGUCGCCCGCGCAGUACGCGCCGCAGCAGCUGCUGACCGCGCUGCGCCAGCUGCGCGCGCUGCCGCUGCCGCCCGUCGUCGUGCUGCUGCAGGACUUACCCAAACUGAAGCGGGAAGCGAAGGAAGGCGGCGAGCGGCUGUCGGAGCUGGUGUCUCGCACGCGCGUGGUGGCGUGGCGGCACGUGCACGAGCGCGCCUUCUGGACGCAGCUUAGGUUGGAACUGCCGCUGCCGCCGCCGCCGCCAGAGACCCUGCAUAUCAAAAACGAGUCGACGGACAACAAGAACUCUUGCUCGGGCAGCCUGACGGCGCUGGUGUGAGGCGACAGUGUACGACACUCGCGCGCGUGUCCGACACACGCGGCGCGGCUGUGUCAGCUCUCGUGCUGCAGUGUCAGACACUCGUGUGCCAGUGUCACACACUCGACGCGGCAGUGUCAGACACUCCCCCCGCGCGUCGCCAAUCGUAUCAAGACUGUGAAUAGUUAACUUUUUGUAAUACUAAACUUUAUAUCACAUUAUUUUUUAGUUAUGUAGCUGUAGAAAAAAGUAAAUUCUGUAUACAGUUUUCUAAAGAUCUCGACAUCUUUAACCCUUUCGAUGUUUCGACGGAAAUUCUCAUCUCGAUUUCUCUUUCU